AUGGAAGGUCAAUUGGCUGACGACGAAUCUUCCGAUGAUAAUAUCUGUGAUGACGAGAAUCGUUACAGCGAACAAUCAAACGACGAGUAUUCUAACGAUUCUUCCUACGAUGAAUCUGGUGGCGAAAAGUUUUCCGAAGAUGAAUAUUCACAAGACGAGUCUAUCAACGGGGAGUAUUCUGAUGCCUGGUAUUCAAUCAAACAUUCUGGCGACGACGACCAGUCUUCCGAUAAUAACUGCGAUGAAUAUUCAAACGACGAGAAUUCCGAUGUUGAACAUUCAAAUGACGGUUAUUCUAACGAGGAAUCAAACGAUGACGACUCUUUUAACGAAGAAUCUGACGCCGAAGACGAAUCUCAACCUCCUACAACCAGUGUUCCAUGUGCCACCAGGCUUCGCUCUAAAAAUAGUAGUAUAAAUGAGCGUAGCCAAGCAGAGGAAAAUGAGAAUAGAUACCAAGACGUGGAAGAUGAAUACUACCACUACAAUAAGAAUAGAUACCAAGACGUGGCAGAUGAAAACUACCCAUACCACGAGAAUGGAUACCAAGACGUGGCAGAUGAAAACUACCCAUACCAAGAGAAUGGAUACCAAGACGUGGCAGAUGAGUACUACCAUACCAAGAGAAUGGAUCCAAAGACGUGA